UGGGCGCGUGCUUCAGGACGCUUCGGGACUCGAAGAAGAAGCGACGACACGAGUGGAGCCGAGUGAAUCCGAAAAUCCCGCUGACCGACCCGCGCGUGCGUUUCCACCACGGAGGCAGUAGAAGCGUGACUGUGAGGGGGGGGGAGACACAACUCCAAGCCUUCCGCGGCUCCUUCUGCGCGGACCGGGGACCGACUUCUGGAGUAAUUUCACAAGGAGAAGAGAAGAAACCGACUCGCCGCCUCCGGUUGUUGGCAGCGGCACGCCGAAAACGAGCGCGCGAGGCUGACGUUAACCCGUUAGCAGCUCGCGAGCUGCCACGAAUAGAUCCAGUCCACGACCCCCGGGUUGGCUGGGUCGGUUGACCGAACCUCGUGCUCCUCCGGAGGUGGACUCGUAUCUUCCUGCCCUCCUUUCUCUCUUCUUUUUUUCUGGUUUCUAACUUCUUUGUGGAUUGUCGUGCUCGCCGAAGUGGACUCCGUGGGUUCGGAGCAGGAGAGAAAUGCGAACAGAGAUCCGGUGUUAGUCUUUGAUCCUGUCAGAGUGGGACACGUCUAGCAGGGGACUGAGGAGGGAGCAGUGCCAACUCGGAACAUGGUGCCUAACAUUCACCUGGCAGGGCCCCUCCUGCCCAGAGGGGCGUCGCUGUUCCUGCUUCUACUCAGCUCAGUGGUGAUCUCGUCUCUGGCAGACAGCUUGCCAAGUUUCAUCAAAACCCCCGAGGACCAGACAGGUAUCUCUGGGGGGGUUGCAUCGUUUGUAUGCCAGGCCACUGGAGAACCCAAGCCUAGAAUAACCUGGAUGAAGAAAGGCAAGAAAGUUAGCUCCCAGCGCUUCGAGGUGAUUGAAUUUGAUGAUGGCUCGGGCUCUGUACUGCGGAUCCAGCCACUGCGCACCCCCAGAGAUGAAGCCAUUUACGAGUGCACAGCGACUAACAGUGCUGGCGAGAUCAACACCAGUGCCAAGCUUACAGUGCUGGAAGAGAAUCAGAUGCCACAUGGCUUCCCCACCAUCGAUAUGGGGCCCCAGCUGAAGGUGGUUGAAAGGACCAGGACGGCCACGAUGCUGUGCGCUGCCAGCGGAAACCCAGACCCAGAGAUCUCGUGGUACAAAGACAUGCUUCCUGUGGACAUCAGCAGCAGCAACGGCCGCAUCAAACAGCUUCGCUCAGGUGGUACACCAAUUAGAGGAGCUCUGCAAAUUGAGAACAGCGAGGAGUCGGACCAGGGGAAGUAUGAGUGUGUUGCGAUGAACGGCGCUGGGACCCGUUACUCCGCUCCUGCCAAUCUCUACGUCAGAGUACGAAGAGUUCCACCUAGAUUUUCCAUUCCUCCUACCAACCAAGAGGUGAUGCCAGGAGGCAGCAUUAACUUGACUUGCGUGGCAGUGGGAUCGCCAAUGCCCUAUGUCAAGUGGACCAUGGGCCAAGUGGACCUAACCAAAGAAGAGGAGAUGCCAUUGGGACGCAAUGUGUUGGAGGUCACCAACAUACAUGAAUCAGCCAACUACACGUGUGUGGCAAUCUCUUCUCUGGGCAUGAUUGACCACACGGCACAAGUUACUGUCAAAGCCUUACCAAAGCCCCCCACCUCACUCACAGUGACUGAAACCACAGCCACCAGCGUGACCCUCACAUGGGACUCCGGAAACCCAGAACCUGUCUCUUACUACAUGAUCCAAUACAAAGCCAAGUCCUCAGACAAUGGCUUUCAGGAAGUGGAGGGUGUUGCUACCACACGUUAUAGCAUUGGUGGACUCAGUCCAUACUCUGAUUAUGAGUUUCGUGUCAUGGCUGUCAACAACAUUGGCCGCGGGCCACCCAGCGACCCUGUGGAAUCGCGCACUGGCGAACAGGCCCCCUCCUCACCACCUCUACACGUUCAGGCACGCAUGCUGAGUGCCAGUACUAUGCUGGUCCAGUGGGAGCCUCCUGAAGAGCCCAACGGACAAAUAAGAGGUUACCGAGUAUACUACAGCCCUGAGAAUAAAACUCCACUGAGCGCCUGGCAGAAACACAACACAGAUGAUAGCAGCCUGACAACUAUCUCAGGCCUGAUUCCUGAUAUCACCUACAGCCUCAGGGUACUGGGUUUCACCUCUGUGGGUGACGGGCCACCUUCUGAAAUCCUACAAGUGAAAACACAGCAAGGAGUGCCUGCUCAACCAUCUAGUUUUGCUGCUGAAGCUGAGCUGGACACACGCAUCAAACUAACUUGGCUUUGGCCGGUGCAGGACCCCAUCACUAAGUACGAGCUUCAAUACUGGGAGGCCGGCUCAAAUAACAAGAUACAUGUGACUUUUGACCCAGCUGGCUUCUAUGAUGUGGAUGGUUUGAAGCCGGACACCUUGUACCAUUUUUCCCUGGCAGCCCGUUCUGAAAUGGGUUUAGGUGUCUACACCCAGCCCAUUGAGGCUCGCACUGCUCAGUCUACCCCAUCCGCCCCACCUCAGGAAGUACAUCUGGUCAGCCUGAGCUCCACCAGCCUCAAGGUGAGUUGGGUGGCACCACCUGCCGCUAGCCGCCACGGUGCCAUUGUGCGCUACACAGUCAGAUACCAGGCCCUGGCUGGAGAGGACUUGGAGCGCCAUGAUGUGCCUGACAUCGGGGCAGAUGCCACCAGCUACGUGCUGGAAGGCCUGGAGAAGUGGACUGAGUAUCAGGUGUGGGUGAUGGCUCACACUGAUGUGGGUCCAGGCCCUGAGAGCCCCCCAGUGAGGAUGAGAACCAACGAAGAUGUGCCUGGAGCACCCCCCAGGAAGCUAGAGGUUGAGGCCUUAAAUUCCACCGCCCUCCGAGUUACCUGGAAGCCACCUCUUCAGUUGAAGCAGCAUGGCCAAAUCAGAGGCUACCAGGUCAUCUAUUCCCGGUUUGAAAAUGGUGAACCGCGAGGCCAGCCAAUCCUCAUGGAUGUUGCUUUGCCAGAAGCACAGUGGAAUAUUGAAGAGUCCACCGAGCAUGAAGCUAUUAUUGGUGGGCUGCACGCCGAAACCACAUACUCUGUCACUGUGGCAGCAUACACCACGAAGGGAGAUGGAGCCCGUAGCAAAGCUAAAGUCAUCACUACAACUGGAGCAGUACCAGGUAAACCCACCAUGAUGAUCAGCGCCACCAUGGGCAAUACAGCGCUUAUCCAAUGGCAUCCGCCUAAGGAAAUGGUGGGUGAGCUGAUAGGCUACCAGCUGCAGUACAAGCGCUCAGACGAAGAAAGUUACACCUCACGUGAGCUGAAAAAAACCGACAGCCACUUCACUGUCACUAGUCUGCACAAAGGUGCUACCUAUGUGUUCCGACUGAGCGCCCGCAACCGCGCCGGCAUUGGCGAGGCCUACAUUAAAGAAAUCAGCACCACUGAAGAUGUGCCUUCGGGCUUCCCGCUCAACCUCAGAGUCACCGGACUGACCCAGUCGAGCACCCAACUGACUUGGGACCCCCCGCUGCUUGCUGAAAGGAACGGCAAGAUCAUUCACUACUUGGUGGUGUACAGAGAUAUAAACACUCAGCAAGACAACACCAGCCGCACCACCGACACUCACAUGACUAUCGAAGGCCUUAAUCCUGACACCACUUACGACAUCCGUGUGCAGGCUUUCACCAGCAAGGGGGAAGGACCACUAAGCCCCAGCAUCCAGAGCAGGACCAUGUCAAAUGAUUUCCCAGCCGUUAACUUUGGUGUCAAAGCUGUCACAAAAACAUCUGUCCUCUUAACCUGGGAUCUGCCAGAAAACUACAAAUCCCCGGCUCCUUUCAAGAUUUUGUACAACCAGCAAAGUGUGGAAGUGGAAGGAAACCAGAAGAGGAAGCUGAUCACACAGCUGCAGCCAGACACUGACUACUCAUUCGCUCUGACAAGCAGGGGCAACAUUGCGGGUGGUCUGCAGCAACAGGUGUCCAUCCGCACCGCCCCUGACCUGAUUAAAACCAAGCCUAUCACACAUCAAGCUCAAGGUGGCAGGAUGAACAUCAACCUGCCAAAAGUCCAGACCACCGAUCGGGUUAGGUGGUACUACAUUGUGGUGGUGCCGGUGACUCCAUCAACGAGGCGAUGGAAGAAUCCAGACGAGAUGGACCUGGAUGAGCUGCUCAGGUCAAGCGAUGGUCCAGUCCUGAGGCGCAGACGACACCUUGAUUCUUCCAAAGUGUACAUUGCUGCCAAAUUGGAUUCCCUGCCAACCACCUUCACCCUGGGUGAUGAGAAGAACUACAAUGGCUUCUACAACAAGCCCCUGACCAAUCAACAGGAAUAUCUCUGCUUUGUACUGGCAGUACUCCAAUAUGAGGAGACAGACAGUGCUGCUAAUUACAUGACUUUUUCAGCCAGUCCCUACUCAGACCCGAUCCAGGUCACAGCAAGGAUUGAACAGGGGAUGGAUCAGCCUGAAAUGUUGUGGGUCAUGGGGCCAGUAUUGGCAGUAAUCGUCAUCAUCAUCAUUGUGAUUGCCAUCCUUCUCUUUAAAAACAAACAGGAAAGAAAGCGAGCAUCGCCCUUACCAAAAGAUGAACACUCAGGUGGCGUGAAAGACUCGUUGUUAGCCAACUCCUCCGAUCCUGUGGAAAUGAGAAGACUCAACUACCAAACUCCAGGAAUGAGGGAGCACCCACCCAUUCCUGUCAUUGAACUGGCUGACCACAUAGAGAGACUUAAAGCCAACGACGGCCUCAGGUUUUCCCAGGAGUAUGAGUCUAUUGAUCCCGGCCAGCAGUUUACCUGGGAAAACUCCAACAUGGAAGUCAACAAGCCAAAGAAUCGCUAUGCAAACGUUAUCGCCUAUGACCACUCGAGAGUGGUCCUCACCUCUGUUGAUGCCGUUCCAGGCAGUGACUACAAUAAUGCCAACUACAUUGAUGGCUACAGGAAACAAAAUGCUUACAUUGCUACUCAAGGACCUCUGCCUGAGACCCUGACUGACUUCUGGAGGAUGGUGUGGGAGCAGAGAUCCAACACCAUUGUCAUGAUGACCAGACUGGAAGAAAAGUCACGAGUGAAGUGUGACCAGUACUGGCCAUCACGUGGGACGGAGACCUACGGGAUGAUCCAGGUCACUAUGUUGGACACUGUGGAGUUGGCCACGUACAGCGUCCGCACAUUCGCUCUCUAUAAGAAUGGCUCCAGCGAGAAGCGGGAGGUGAGACAGUUCCAGUUCAUGGCCUGGCCGGACCAUGGAGUUCCUGAGUAUCCCACCCCCAUCCUGGCCUUUCUGAGGAGGGUAAAGGCCUGCAAUCCUCCAGACGCAGGGCCCAUGGUGGUCCACUGCAGUGCGGGUGUGGGCAGGACUGGCUGUUUCAUUGUGAUUGAUGCCAUGCUGGAGCGCAUGAAGCACGAGAAGACUGUAGACAUUUACGGCCACGUGACGUGCAUGCGCGCCCAGAGGAACUAUAUGGUCCAGACCGAGGAUCAGUACAUCUUCAUCCACGAGGCACUUCUGGAGGCUGCGACUUGUGGCAACACGGAGGUGCCAGCCCGCAACCUGUACGCCCACAUCCAGAAACUCACCCAGCCCCCGCCUGGCGAGACUGUCACCGCUAUGGAGCUGGAGUUCAAGAGACUGGCCAACUCCAAAGCUCACACGUCACGGUUCAUCAGCGCCAACUUGCCCUGCAACAAGUUCAAGAACCGCCUGGUCAACAUCAUGCCUUUUGAGUCCACUCGUGUCUGCCUGCAGCCCAUCCGUGGCGUCGAGGGCUCGGACUACAUCAACGCCAGCUGCAUUGAUGGCUACAGACAGCAAAAAGCGUACCUGGCAACGCAGGGCCCCCUGGCUGAGACCACCGAGGAUUUCUGGAGGAUGCUGUGGGAGCACAACUCCACCAUUGUCGUCAUGCUCACCAAGCUACGAGAGAUGGGCCGGGAGAAGUGCCAUCAGUACUGGCCAGCAGAGCGUUCAGCCAGGUACCAGUACUUUGUGGUGGAUCCAAUGGCUGAAUACAACAUGCCUCAGUACAUCCUCAGAGAGUUCAAAGUCACAGAUGCCAGGGAUGGACAAUCCAGAACAAUCCGCCAGUUCCAGUUCACUGACUGGCCCGAGCAGGGAGUGCCAAAAACUGGAGAGGGCUUCAUUGAUUUUAUUGGACAAGUGCACAAAACUAAGGAACAGUUCGGGCAGGACGGACCAAUCACUGUACACUGCAGUGCCGGGGUAGGCAGGACCGGAGUCUUCAUCACCCUCAGCAUCGUGCUGGAGAGGAUGAGGUACGAAGGUGUGGUGGACAUCUUCCAGACGGUGAAGACGCUCCGCACCCAGCGGCCCGCCAUGGUGCAGACCGAGGACCAGUACCAGCUGUGCUACAGGGCAGCACUGGAGUACCUGGGGAGCUUUGACCACUAUGCAACGUAACCUCUCCCACUGAAGCAGCUUCCCCCGGUCAGACCUCUCAGGAGUGUGCCAAGUGUCCCAUUUCAGCCACCAUCCACUCACUUGACCCCUUAAAACCCGACCCUUCCUGCAGCUACUGGAGGGGUUAAGGAAGGGACGAGCACGCGACCCGUCGAGGGUUUUUAACCAAUCAGAGAUACACGCCGUGUUAACAUCCACCUGAGAUUUUGCUUUAACGACAGAAACUCCGACGAGCGCAUCAGCUCUUGUACAGAUCCGACAGCGCAGGGCGGCAGCUCGCCUCUCUGCUCCGUCGAAGCCAAACCUCCCUGAUUGUCAAAGGCUACUGGUAGCACUAAGAGAGCAUCCUCUCUGUUUUUAUUAUUGUUAUUAAUUUUACUGUCAAUAUUAUGAUUCAUUUUGUCAAAACUUAUUGUUUAGUAUACUUUUUACAUUGCUUUUAAUAAUCAUUUUAAUAUCAGACAUUUCCUUCGUGUUAAACGGCUCAGACACUGGGGCAUGCAUUAUUUUCAUAAUCAUUUUUAGGGUACUUUAGCACACGGGACAUGAAUUUUUAACAUGUUCCUAUAUACUAAUACAAGAGGACCACUGUUCUCUGAGCUGCUGUCAGAUUUUGUUUGGUUUUUUUCUAUUCAGUUACAAUGGUUGUCGUCAGUUCAGUAACUCGGAUUGCCUUUUCGCUCGCCGUUACCAAGUUUCAACAGAAAAUCAACUUUGAGGAAUUUGAUUUUACAGACUUGUCGUAGUCGUCCCUCUGUAACCGCAGUAGAUAGCUGAAAACACAAGUGAAUUACCGAACACGAGGUGCACAGAAACGGGAAGCACAUUAUUUCUAUGUAUUGUUUUUUGGGUUUUUUUGCGGUUUGUGUUUUUCAUCAGAAGCCUAUGGCAUUGAGGCCUUCAUUGCUCUACAGCGGAGAACUUACCUGAAGAAAACAGACUUUUAUACCCAAAGGGUAGACAACAGGAAAAAUAAAAACAAUCUCCCCAUCUUUGAAUAAAGAUGCUCUUCAAGUCCCUCCCGUCUCCUCGCUGGCUUUGCUGGAGUGGGACCAAACGGACCAGGGCUGAGGAGUAGAGCCAUCCAUGUCGGUACCUGUACAGAAUCAACCAUUCCUAACCAGAGGGACAGAGACUCCUGCCUUUGGACUCAAACCUGAUGUUAUUUUAUACAGAAAUAGAACUAUAAAUAUAUAUAUAAUUAUGACUGAUUAUAUAUAUGUAUGAUUACACAUAAAUAUAUUCACAGCUUCAUAAAUAUAUUGUUAAAAAGGAUUAAUUCUGCAAAUCUACCUAGAGACACUGCAGAGAGCCUGCUGUCCUAAGAGUGUGUAUUAAUGGAGACACCGUUGUAUUUACUGUAAUACCAUAGUAACUUCAACAGCUGGUUGUCCACAUGAGGAAAAACAGCACAACCCCACUCCCCUUACCCCCUAAAACCCUGCCACCAAUCCAUCCAUCAAAAUGGACAACUCCACUGGGAAAGCACACACCCCCCUCCACCACAUGAACGGCAGGAGGGGAGCGUCUGAUCGCUGGUGGGAGGACGAGGGGAGGGGGGGACUCGACAAACGCUGGCAAAAAACAAAAGCUGUUCAUUUUUACCUUGUGAAUGCUUAGUGCUGUAGGGGUUCAAUCUGUUGUACACACAGUCUGUUUUCUAUUUGUUGACAAAGAACUGGAACUUCAGAAAUCAUCUGGUGAUGAAAAAGAAAAACCUUGAUGUUAAUAAAGUUAAAUAUUUGGGUUUUGUA